AUGGAUGCCAUACCUGAGUUAUAUGGUACUUAUAUAGGAUAUUGUGCAGAGUUAUGUGGUGUAAAUCAUGGAAUAAUGCCAAUAGUUGUUGAGGUAGUGGAUAAUUAG